GCCCGCGCGCACCACGCUCGUUUUGGCUCGCGCUCGCUGGCCUCGCCGUGAGCGGCGCACCACGUUCGUGCGCUUUUUUGUUCCCGGAAAGCUUCUACCUGAGCGCUGGAUCUCAGCUCGCCAUGCGAUGGAUAGUCUGUGGCAAUACCAGUUCAGGAUUAUUCUGCUCGGCGACUCAACGGUCGGUAAAUCGUCUCUGCUUAAACGCUUUACGGACGGUGUGUACAGUGAUGUGGCGGACCCGACGGUCGGGGUGGAUUUCUACGCCCGAUCACUCGAUAUAGAACCAGCGGUGAAGAUUAAAUUGCAGCUCUGGGACACCGCCGGGCAAGAGAGAUUCAGGUCUAUUACAACCUCCUACUACCGCAAUUCAGUGGGUGGCCUUCUGGUGUUUGACCUGACCAACCGCAAGAGCUUCGAGCAUGUGCGUGAAUGGCACCGCGAAGUCACCGAGCACAUCCUUCCACACCACAUGGUCUACAUCUUGGUUGGCCACAAGAGUGACCUGAUUCGAGAGCGCAAGGUGCUCCGUGACGAGGCUGAGCAGCUGGCGGCUGAGUUGGGUGUACGCUAUGUAGAAACCUCAGCCAAGUGCAACAGCAAUGUGGAGCGUGCCUUCGAGCUGCUGGCACGUGACAUCUACGAGCUGAUGAAGAUGGGUGAAAUUUCGGCACGUGACGGCUGGGACGGCGUGAAAAGCGGCCUCACGGCUAAAGUCCUCUACCCCGCUGAGGAAGAGGCAGAAAGAGAGAAGAGCUGCAAUUGCUGACCUGGGGCGUUCACCUUCAACCUCUCACCUGUGUGUCAGUUAUUCGUCCUUGCUGAGUUCACGCUUUCACUUCCUGUAUUGCAAGUCAAGCUUGCCACUUGUUCCUGCAUUUUCUGUCCCCAUCUUGAGUUGUGUGGUUCUAUGAAUAAGCACCAUGCAGGUCUAGUAAAAAGUUAGUCUGGGAUAGGCUUCAGGUUGGAUGAAUAAAAGCUUGAAUGGACAGCACAAGGUUCUAAUCAAGAUGCAGGAAGGUGCUCGGAGACAUCACUGGUUGUAAGAGAUGGCAGCGGACUUCUAUUUUCCCCCGUAUUUUUUUGAGCUUUAAUUCUCUCUUUCUUUUUUGUCACACAGUGUUUAAUCACUGAAGAGGAAUGUAGUGUACUUUCUAUUUGUGGAAAGCUUUACUCCACCUGCUCAGUCUAUUCCACAAAUGUUUAACCUUUACUUUUAUAUUCAAACGCUUUCACAUAAUUCACAAGAACUCACACAUUGAUGAUACACAUGAACUUGCUAGAUUUCAUUCCGAUUGUGUUAUUCAUUCAAUCCAGAAUGUUUAGUGCAGUUAACAUGUAAAUGAAUCAUGCAAAAUCAGCGGUGGGAAAACUGAAAACUUGAGCGUGAAAUCAUUUUACACGGAGACACAGAAAUUCCAAGUCGGUCUUGCUGUCUGUAUGCUAUUGCAUCUGUCAAUAGUAGUUAAAAUAUUAGCAAUUCUAUGUGCCAAAAUUUUGGCCUCAUAAUACAGUACUAUAGGUAUUAUUAUGUGAUAACUGAAACUUAUCAUCAAACUGAAAUGUACAAUUGCAUCACCUCAGAGUUUAUACUUCUAUCUUGAGUCUUGUGUCUAUAAGAAAAAGGAGGGAAGAAUCUCAGUGCCAGUAUAUUGGGCUCUGUCGUUAGCUCCGCCUCCAGCGAUGGCUUGUGGCCUGAACAUUACUGCACCCUCUCAGAGACGCAGCUCCUACAAGCUUCCUCUCGGUGAAUCAACAAACAGAGAGUGUAUAUUGUCACAGUCAGCAUUAGACGUGCCAAACUCAUAAUAAUGUGUGAAAAAGGGGGCUAUUCUAUUUAUACUGUAUGCAAUCCAGGUAUAAUUUUAAAUAUAGAUUAUAUCUAAAUACUGUAUGUCUAUGAGGGUCAUUCAAUCAUCUAGGCCAUUUCCAUUCUCCAGUAGCAGUAGGUUCUACUUGAUUAAGAGCUAUUAUAUUCACACACACAGGAGUAGACAAAUCUUAUAGAUGCUCGAGCGUAAUUCUGCACUUAAUAUCAAACUUAAACAGAGAAGAUGUGUUUAUAGAUUAGAUAAAUACCUUCCUUUUUUACUAACUGUACAAAAAUGACUUGUAUGCUCUGUGAAAGGGGGCAUCUUACAAGCACGAAAGGAUGUUAACAACCUAGCUAGCUAGCGAUGUUAAUUAGCCUAAAAUGGUAGCUAACAUAUUAGACCAUAAAUCAGUUUUAUGCAUUAUAAUUUUGACGUGUUUGUUGCAAAUA